CAAUCCCCGCCCGAAAACAUCACUGAGCAGGCGCGAUUUCAGUUUCUCCUUCAGCGUGUCCUACUCGCAGCUGUAGGCUUCAGCGCUGACCGCAGUGAACCUCGUCCCGUAGCAAUACAAGAAAGAAGUCAUGGCUGUUCCUCCGGCGUACUCGGACAUUGGGAAGUCGGCGAAGGACAUCUUCGGCAAGGGCUACGGUUUCGGCAUGGUGAAACUGGACCUGAAGACCAAGUCGCAGAGUGGAGUCGAGUUUAACACCUCUGGCUCCAGUAACACUGACACGGGGAAGGCUAGUGGUAACCUGGAGACCAAGUACAAGGUUCAGGACCUGGGCCUGAGCUUCAAGCAGAAAUGGAGCACGGACAACACCCUGGCAACCGAGGUCACCCUGGAGGACCAGCUGGCACAGGGCUUGAAGCUGACCUUCGACACGUCAUUUGUCCCAAACACAGGGAAGAAGAGCGGGAAGCUGAAGACCAGCUACAAGCGCGACUUUGUGAACCUGGGCUGCGACGUGGACUUCGACUUCGCCGGGCCGACCAUCCACGCGGCCGCCGUGCUGGGGUACGAGGGCUGGCUGGCGGGGUACCAGAUGGCCUUCGACACCGCCAAGUCCAAGCUGGUGCAGAACAACUUCUCCCUGGGCCGGUCGGCCGGCGACUUCCAGCUGCACACCAACGUGAACGACGGGACUGAGUUCAGCGGCUCGAUCUACCAGAAGGUGAACGAGGAGCUGGAGACGGCGGUGAGCCUGGCGUGGACGGCGGGCAGCAACAACACUCGCUUCGGCAUCGGAGCCAAAUACCAGCUGGGCCCGGACGCGUCCCUGUCUGCCAAAGUGAACAACGCCAGCCUGAUCGGUGUGGGAUAUACACAGAGUCUCCGGCCAGGGGUGAAGGUUACGGUCUCUGCCCUGGUUGACGGCAAGAACUUCAACACUGGGGGCCACAAGGUCGGCCUGGGCUUUGAGCUGGAGGCCUAGGUAUGGAGAGAGGAAUCCAGGAGCGAAACAAGUUCAGAACCCGUCCUAAGUUCAGAACCCGUCCUAAGUCCAAAAAACGUUCCUCUGAACAACCCCACCCCCACCCCCACCCCUUACCUGCCCAAACACACACAUGCACAAACAGACACACACAUGCACACGCGCACACAGACACACAUGCACAUGCACACACACUCGCAGGCAUACAGACACACACAUACACACACACACUUACAGCCUUAACCCCCCCCCCCCCACAUCCAUGGCCUCUACUGUAAACUGGACCUCUCCGAUGGACCACAAUGUACUUGCUUUGGGACUAAAAAAGAAGAAGAAGAAAUUUAAGUUCUAGGGGGUAUGUUUUAAAAGCACGCACCGUUAAUGAAGGAUAGAGGCACGUAUCACUGAUCGGUCUGCAGGUCAAGCUCAGGACUGCCUGAGGGGACACUGCAGUGCCUGGAGGGGGUUUGUGUCUUUACAGAAACAUGGAGAGAAGUUCUGUUCAGUGUUUCUCCCGUUUGUGAAUGUGCCCCCUUUCUGUCCCUUGAUAAGCAUUAUUUUCUGUUAUUCCAUAAUUAUUUGAUUUAUCCUGUGUAUAAGAGAACACAUUUGACAUGCAGUACGUCCAAUUUGUUUCGUUUUUGUUUGUUUGUUAGUAAGCCAUAUGUAUUUGCAUAUUGUUAUGAUUUAUUGCCCUGUCACCUGCUGUAAUCUUACUGCAUCCAUUUCAAAUUGUGAGGCAGGAUCUGAAUAUUUGUUUGAGGCAGCCCAACGACAUUUGACGGUGGGAAAGGAGCUGGGUGUCAUUUUAAAAUGGAAACUAGGCUUGAAAUUAAGUUGUCUGCCAGCACCCCUUUGACUGAAUUGCCCCCCAUGCACGGGGCACAUUCAGAGCCAAAAUGGCGCCCAUUUCACAACACCGCAUCUGGAGAUGACCAUACUACCUUGUGGUUUCUGACUGCUGAUAUUUAAGCCAUUUAGUUGGGAACAGGAAGAUAUGAGCUCUUGAAUAAGUUGGGAUGCACAAAUAUCUCCUGAUAUCAGUAAAAUCACCUGUGCUGGAGGACCGAUACAAAUGGCAACACAAACCUGACCUCUCCGUGUGUACAGCACACUGUCACCGCCCUUCCGCAGUGAGCUUGUUGCUCGUACUGGAGUACCAUCUCCUUGCUGAUAACAGAACACAAAACCGUUCCCCGGCUGCACUGGGCAACGGGCACACUGCAAAUAGACCGUGCAUAAACAUUCGCUGUGGAGUUUAGCACUUUCUCUGGUCCUGUCGAAUUUCACCAUCCUUUAGCAAACAAUCUGUUUCUUUGCUUUUUUUUUCUCCCCGCCAUCUUCAGCUUGUAGACAUCAGCGAACAGACCUGUACCUUUCACCCUGACGGUGAUUGUUAUUUCCUGUCAUUUUUAGUAUGACUUUUCACAUUUGGGAAGCUUGUGUGUUUGAGUGUAGUACCUCUCUAUGUUUGUGUUUGUCCGACUCCAAUUAACAAAAAAAUUAUAAUAAAAACACCAUCUUGA